AUGAUAGUUUUUAAACUAGUCCUGGGAUUAGUUUGUACAGAACAGAAUGUUUUCUUAAGUGACUUUUUUAAAUACUUAGCAGGUGCUAGUGCUGUCCCUGGAGUGCAGUGGCAUGUACAAAAUUUGGAGGCAUUGAAAUGGCAAUCUUCUGCUGAAGGUGCCUUAGCUGGACCAGUUGUUGAUCCACAUGUGACAGCAGUUUGGGGGAAGAAGGUUGCACUGAAAUGCAUAAUUGAUGUAAAUGAAACAAUAACACAAGUUUCUUGGGAGAAGAUAUAUGGUAAAAGUUCACAGACUAUUGCUGUUCAUCAUCCUGAAUAUGGAAUAUCUAUUCAAGGAGAAUACCAAGGAAGAGUGACAUUUAAAAACUACUCGCUUACUGAUGCAACAAUCAUUUUAAAAAAUGUAAGCUUUUCUGAUGAAGGAGAAUAUAUUUGCAAAGCAGUUACAUUCCCACUUGGAAAUACACAGUCAUCAACAACUGUAACAGUACUGGUUGAACCUGUUGUGAGCUUAACGAAAGGACCAAACCCUCUAAUAGAUGGUGCAAACUUGACAAUAGCAGCCACUUGUACAGCAGCCACUGGAAAACCUGCUGCACAGAUUGACUGGGAAGGAGACUUUGGUGAUAAGAACCCCCCCAUCUCUACUCCGUUUCCAAAUGAAACAGUGACAGUUGUAAGCCAGUACGUGAUUAUGCCCACGCGGUUUGCAAGAGGAAGACACAUAACUUGUGUUGUGAGGCACCCUGCUUUGGAAAAGGAGAUCCGAUACCCUUAUGUGUUGGACAUACAGUAUGCCCCAGAAGUUUCAGUAACUGGCUAUGAUGGAAACUGGUUCAUUGGAAGAGGGAACGUUCAACUCAAAUGUAAUGCUGAUGCAAAUCCAUUACCUAUGGAAUUUAUGUGGACCAGGUUGGAUGGACAGUGGCCUGAAGGAUUGCUGUCUGUCAACAAUACUCUGCAGUUCAGCAGCCCAUUGACUUAUAACUACACUGGGACUUACAUCUGUAAGGUGACUAAUUCACUUGGUCAGAGGAGCGAUCAGAAGACUGUCUACAUAUUAGAUGUGCCAUUUAAGCAGACAUCUUCUGUUGCUGUAGCAGGGGCUGUGAUUGGGGCAGUCCUUGCUCUUUUUAUCAUUACCAUCUUUGUGACAGUGCUGCUGACCCCGAGGAAAAAAAGGCCAUCCUAUCUUGACAAAGUGAUCGAUCUUCCACCCACUCACAAACCAUCUUCGUGUGAGGAGCGAGCAUUCUCAGCCCCACAGAAAGAAGCUAUGCUUCAGAAAGAACAUUUUGCUUUGCAAAGCCAGUACAGAGAGAAAGAUGCUGGAAACUUGCAGCACAUGAAAGCUGUGAAUGGAAGGCAACUUACUUACGAGGCUGAAGAGCCAGAGGAACAAGAAGGUCUUCAGCCUAUGUAUCCUGUUUAUCAGCAAACUUACUACAAAAACUGGAGCAGCAGAUACCCACAAAACUCAGGACCUGGAAGAGUCUACAUCAAUCCAAGGGAGCAUUAUGUAUGAUUCUGUACCCAGACGUCUUUAGCAAGGCUUUUAUUACCUGUUGACUUGAUGACCCAUAUGUCUCGUUGGCUUUCAUCUCUAAAAUAAUUGGUGUUUUUUUCCUGUGGGAAGAAAUUGCAUGGAGAAUUUCAUAUAGGUAAACCACAAGGAGUUUGAGACCUAACCUGCUUCUAGUCUUGGGCAUGUAUUUGGUUUUGUAGUUAUAUCAACCUGCCAAAAGAGGAGAGCCUUUUAGCUUUAGUCCUAAGAUGCAUAAACUAGAUUAAUUGGUUGACACAUGCCAAAAUGUAGCUAAGCUUUUCCCCUGGCUAUUUCUUGGACCAUUCUCUCCCUGGAUGGAUAUUUUUACAAUAACUUGACCUAUGUAAAAGUGACUAAUAUGAGCAAGACAGCUGAAUCCCUUGUGACGUUAAUAGUCCCGGGCUGAGUCAUUUUUUCACAGCUUAGAAAACCUGGGAAUCAUUUUGACUGGCCUUAGCUAUUGAUUUCUCAACUAGCUCUACCUCUCCCAGUCAAAUGAACAACUAGACUACCUCUCAAAUACUGACUGGCUGUUUCAUAAAGUAUGCUGUGUGUCUUCCCAUCUUGUUAAAAGUGAAGCAAUUGCCUUACAUCAAAAACUUUUUAUUUUCUAUUGAUUCUGCCUGUUGAUGUGCAUGCUGGUUUUGGUUUUACAGUUAGGUCUAUAUGAAACUUGGUUGGAAGAAGUAGAUGACUAGACAAGACAGAACUUUCUGUAAGUGUCUUAUGUGAAGCUACAUCAUACCUAUCAGUUGCUAUUUAGCCAUUUUUCCAAAUAUGACUCCUAUUUUAAAGAGUUUACUUGCUUGGUAAUAAAUACAUUCCUUGCUUUCUUCUCAGUUUGCAGCAAAACUGCCUGGGAUGUGUUCUUAUGUCUUAGCAAGAAAACAAAGACUUCAGUCAACUUCAAGGACUUUUCAGCACUGCCCUUUAACCUUAACCAGUAGUGUGAAGUAAGUGGAGAAUAUCCUGAUGUUACCAGUGCUAACAUUAUCCCACAUGAAAUCUUGUGAGUGUGGGGUAAUGGUUAAAAAAAUGUGCUCAGGAUCUUGCCAGACAAAUAAGUUUUCCUGCGGACUAAAACAUAAAUAUUUAGGAAGUAAAAAAAAUGUAUAUAAUGUAUUAGUGCUGAAAUGAGCUCACAGGGCAAUCCUGAAAUAUUUUAAGACAGCGGAAAAUAGGUUGGGGUCUAAAAUUUGCUGGAGAAAAUUAAAUGGCUCGUUUAUUCUCUAAGUACAUGUACACGUAAGUACAGAAUAAUGAUUUUCAUUAGAUGACCUGAAGACAAAAUGUUGAGAAGAAUGGGUAUGUCAUACUGAACAUGACUUCCGUGGUGUUAGUGUGCUCCUCUGCAGAUGUUUGGAUUUUUUAGAGGCAAGAGUCAAAGCUGUAGAAGCAGCAGAAUUGAAACCUAGCAUAGUGAAGUGUGCUGCAGGCAGGAGGUCGUUGUUAAACCUGUAUUCAACCUGCAUUUGUCUCCAUCGUAGUAAAAGUUAAUGAGAUACCUCUCCACAAUAGGGUGAGGUAAAUUAGAUGUUUCUAGCUUGUUACAGGUAGCAGCUAGAAGAUUAUGGCUUAGGUGCCUGUGUUCUGGGUGCUGUAGAAGCAGAUAUUAGCUGUUCUCUUGCUAAGCAGCUUUCUGUUAUAUGAUGUGGUUGAAGUUGACAACUGAAGGAAUGGCAGGGAAAACGGUUGGAGAGAACCUGUUUCUUGGGAGCUAUCUUUGCACCACUGUCACCUUGCUUUUCUUUUAGGAACUGAGCACAUUCAUGUAAACCGAGCAUCUGUUUUAAACUUUAAAGCUACCUGCUGUAUUUGAGACCUAAAGUAGGGCUUAUGUCCCCCAAAAAUAUGUGUUCCCACAAUGUCAGUUUAAUCAGCUACCUCUUUCCGUGAGCCUUGCCUCACCUUAUACUUACGUUACUGCAGCUCCAAAAAACCUCAUCUCUCAAAACAUGGAAAGAAAAGUGUCUUGGCCAAACAUUAAAACACGUGGAAUGACAGACGAUUCCAUAAAUGAAUUGUACCUCUUGAGAUAAUUUGAUCAAUAUUACUGAAGAAAAUUUCAUACCAAAAAUAUGAGGAUAUACAUUAUAGAGUGGUUCAAAACUAUUGUGACAAUGCUUCCUCUGCAUUCAUUAGUACAAGGUGGUGUUGAGGAGGUGGUCAUUUCAGUCCUUGUUAUUUUGGCAGAUGAUGUAAAAAACAAUUGUUUUGGGUUCAGACCUUUUCUAUGGCUUUUUAUUCUUAUUUGCAGAUACAUUUUUGUGUGAAGAGUUAAAACUUUGGGGGAAGGAGGGAGGAAGGAAGAAUGCUAUCAACAAAGCUAUAAUUGUUUUUUUGAAUUUGUAAAAAUAACUUAAAAAUGUAGUCCAACUCUGUUACCCAAGUUAUAUAUCAACAAAGAAAGUUUGAAUUGCAAACUACCCAUCAGGAUGUAAUUUGCCCUAAAGUCAUUAGCAAAAUAUAUUAUCACCUACAGGUUUAUUACCUGUGAGAAAUGGUUUUUCUGUAAUCUGUUCAGGGACAUUAACAAUGUGUUAGCUUUUUGAAUUGUUGCUUGUAGUCUUCAAUGUGGCUGAAUUUUGGGAGAGGGGAUUUGGCAUAGAAUGCUCAGAAGAGAACAGAAAAAAGUCUGCUGAUUAGGACUUCCCACUGAAAGAAUUGUACAUAUAGAAGUAGGUUUGAUCUGCUUUUUCAAGAUGUAGAAAAUGUCCUUUUUUAUUUUUGUACAUUUUCAAAUGCUUGUAUUUGUAUUUUGAUUGGAAUAAAAACAUUCAAAAUAUAAAA